AUGGAAUCAGAACAGGAGUCUGCAAUGAAUACUCCAAGUGAAGAACAAUCUCUUUUAUCUGAACCGGAUGCUUGGAGUCCACCACGGGGGUUCUUUUGGAUACAAUUGGCUAUAAUGUCAAAUGUGUUUCUGUCCGGUUUCGACGGAACAAUCACUGCGUCAACAUACGCAGUCAUCAGCUCUGAAUUCAAUGCUGCCAAUACUGCUUCGUGGCUGACGACCUCCUACCUCAUUACGAGCACGGCUUUUCAACCUCUUUACGGUCGCUUCUCAGAUCUACUUGGCCGUCGCGCUUGCUUUUCCACUGCGACGAUUACAUUCUUCGCAGGUUGUCUGGGCUGUGCAAUGGCGAGAGACGUAGUCUUUUUGAAUAUCAUGCGUGCGUUGACAGGUAUGGGAGGUGGUGGGUUGAUGACGAUGGCUACCAUUAUAAACUCUGAUCUCAUUCCCUUCCGCAAUCGUGGAAUGUACCAAGCCGUCCAAAAUUCUGCGUACGGCUUCGGUGCUAUAUGUGGUGCUUCAUUCGGAGGUGCGAUCGUUGACACUAUUGGCUGGCGUUGGUGCUUCUUGGUACAAGUUCCUGUAUCUGUGACUGUGCUCGUCUUGGGGUACUUCGUUCUCAAAUUCCCCACGAAUGAUCAAUCCCCCAAACCUGGACAGCCAGGUCUUUGGCACCAGAUUGACUUUCUUGGAUCUUUCCUUCUUGUCCUCGCUCUUUCGACUCAACUGGUCGGACUGAGCUUUGGUGGAAAUGAGUUGCCCUGGACAAGUAUCUGGGUUAUAAUGCCUCUGGGGGCUAGUAUUUUCUUUCUCGCUGCUUUCAUCACUGUGGAAGCGAAUACCAAAGCUGUCCCACUUAUCCCACUGAAGAUGCUAUAUGGGCUUCACCCAGUUUCUACUCAGAUUGCCAACGUCUGCGUGGGACUGUCAGCAUACGCUUUCCUCUUUACCCUGCCGCUCCUUUUCCAGGUAAUCCUGCUGGAUAGUCCCACCAAAGCCGGUGCCCGUCUAGUGAUUCCAUCUCUCAUGACCCCGGUAGGCGGAGUCAUUGCCGGCAUAGUCAUGUCACGAUGGGGAAAACUAGCUCAGCUUGUGCGCAUCGGCGCCGCCUUGAUGUUCAUAGGAAACCUCCUCGUCACAUUUCUGCACUUCAACGACUCAAACUGGAAGUACUUCGCAUACAUCAUCCCCGCAAACCUAGGACAAGGAAUCGUGUACCCAGGGAUCCUAUUCACCUUCCUCUCUGCAUUCGACCACGACGAACACGCCGUCUCAGCUUCAACAGUCUACCUCAUCCGCUCCCUCGGCACAGUAUGGGGCGUCGCCAUAACAUCCGCGAUAAUCCAAAAUACACUGAGCUCAGGCCUCGCAGAGGCCUUGAGUGGAGUACCUGACAAAUGGAAAUUGAUAAACGAAAUCCGUCAUUCCAUCUCUGCAAUCUACACCCUACCUCCAGACAUUCAAAUCGCCGUGCGCCAGAUUUACUACCGUGGUAUCCGACUCUCAUUUGCGGCGUCCGCCGCCUUUGCACUGAUUGCAACAAUCGCAGCGUUCUUCACGCGUGGAAAGGGACUGGAGAGAGGUCGUGGAGCUUAA